AAAAAGAAAAGUCAAGCGCUCAUUUUAGUGUCAGAACACCUUUCAGUUCCCGCUCUCAUUCCAGCGACGGAGAAUGAAGACGAAGAAGUCUUCAAAGCAGCGAAGGACUCGUCGCUCUAAAAGGUCCAAGCUUUUGCAACUGCCAACUCAAACCCAUAAGACAAGGAGAGUAAUUGAAGAAGGGGUGAGCCCCCUUGUUGAGAAGUACUGGUUUCAAAGAUAUGAUCUUUUCUCGAGGUAUGAUGAGGGGAUCAAAAUGGAUGAACAGGGCUGGUACUCUGUCACUCCUGAACAGAUUGCAAUUAGACAAGCCAAGAGGUGUGAAAACGCAACUGUCGUUAUUGAUUGCUUCGCCGGCGUCGGAGGCAAUGCCAUUCAAUUUGCUUCAAUGUGUUAUCAUGUUGUUGCUAUAGAAAUUGAUCCCCUCAAAGUUAAUAUGGCCAUUAACAAUGCAAGAAUAUAUGGUGUGGAAGAUUACAUUGAUUUCAUUGUUGGAGACUUUUUCCAACUUGCACCAUCAUUGAAGGGGGACAUAGUGUUUCUUUCACCGCCUUGGGGAGGCCCAUUUUACAGAAGAGUGAAGAAAUUUACACUGGACUUACUCGAGCCAAAAGAUGGAUAUGCCAUAUUUCAAGCUGCUCAAGAGAUAACGCCCAACAUCAUUAUGUUCUUACCUCGAAAUGUAGACUUACUUCAAGUUGAAGAACUCUGUUGGUUGUCUUCUCCUCCUCUAGAAUUUGAGAUUGAAGAAAAUUAUGUGCAGGGCAAUUUAAAGGGUGUAACAGUCUACUUUGGUGGUGCAGCAGCCAGUCAAUGUGGACCAUCAUAAUCUUUCUCAGUUCUCAGUAGUAUAUGUCUUGAUGUUAAUUACUUACCAGAAUUAUUUCUAGUAUAUGCAUGCUUAUUUAACUUGGGCGAGCAAAGGGGUGUCUUGUUUAAACCAACAUUUUGAGAUAGUUCUGUUGGUGAUGACCGACUUCUUUAACUUGUAAUUGCACUGUUAAUAUUAGUCUGCCCUGUUGAAGAAGGGAUAGUGAAUUAAGAACUUCUCAACGGGUAAAGUUAUGGUACGUUAUUUAUCAUACAU